AUGUGGGCCACUUCAGGCGAUGAUGCGGCACUGCAGGCCUUCUUAUGGCCCGACAAAAUACACAGAUGUGUUUCAGACACAGUUGAUCCUCCUUUACUAAAGUGUUUUCUCUCUCUCUCUGUUCUUUGUGUCAUCAGUGUAAGAUCAGGCUCACAUGUGUCCAGCUCUGUGUCUCUGAAGAGUGAUUGGUCUAAAGAUCCUCCACCAAACUUCAGUGAGAAAACACCAUCAUCUAAUAAAAGAGUAAGAUCAGGCUCACAUGUGUCCAGCUCUGUGUCUCUGAAGAGUGAUUGGUCUAAAGAUCCUCCACCAAACUUCAGUGAGAAAACACCAUCAUCUAAUAAAAGGCUUCAACAUGAAACAUUAGACUCAGACCUUCAGACUCACAGGAAACACGAGAAUUUCAAAGACAAUCUUCUUGGGAUCUUCCAGGAUCUUGAGAGCAAAAUAAUCACAUUUCUGAAGAAUGAGUUGGAUAAGUUAAAGAAAAUAUUACAACAUGAGAACACACAACAGUUUGUGAAGGACUUUAAUGAGAACAGAUCCAGUAUCAAAUCAGCAGCUCUUGAUCUCACACUACAUUACCUGAGAGAGAUGAAGCAAGAUGAAGCUGCUGAUACUCUAGAAGGUGAGCUGGUCUUCAUUUAUCAGCUGAAAUGUGGCCUAAAGAAGAAGUAUCAAUGUGUGUUUGAAGGAAUGUCGAAGCAAGGUGACUCCACACUCCUGAAUAACAUCUACACAGAUCUCUACAUCACUCAGGGUGGCAGUGGACAGGUCAAUACUGAACAUGAGGUGAGACAGAUUGAAGUUGCUUCCAGACGUCAUGAAGCACAAGAGAUACAGGUUGAAUGCACACAUUUGUUUGAAGCGCCCGAACAAGACGAGGAGAUCCGAACUGUACUGACAAAAGGAGUCGCUGGCAUUGGGAAAUCAGUCUCUGUGCAAAAGUUUGUUCUGGACUGGGCUGAAGGAAAAGAAAAUCAAGAUAUCAGCUUCAUAUUUCCUCUUCCAUUCAGAGAGAUGAACUUAAAGGAGAAAGAAAAACUAAGUUUGAUGGACCUUAUAACUCAGUUUUACUGA